UGCUCUCUUCCUCUCUUCCUCAACCGGCGGCGUACUUACUGGCCGGAAACAGUAAGUUCCUAGCUUAGGGUUCUUUUUUAAGCGUUUUUUGUUUGGACAAUCUGAUCACAGAGAAGAGUAAAUAACUUUUUUGAGAAGAAGAUAACCAAAUCGCUCAAGUUUUUUGGUGAAGUAAGGGACAUGACCCAUACUUCUUAUCUCACAUUUGGCAAGGCUUUGAAUUUUGGAGCAGGAGCAGUGCGAAGGUCAUUGAACUUUCAAUUAAACUUUCCCCACAAGUUUUUUAUCAGGAGGAUUCGGAUGGAAAAUAAUAAUCACAACUGUAGCCUAAGAGGUGGCAAGGAGGAUUCAAGAGGUGCCUUGGUUGUUCUGGAAGGCUUGGAUCGUUGUGGCAAGACUACGCAGUCUAAUAGACUAGUUGCAAACUUGGAGAGUUUAGGGCAUUCAGCUGAAUUGUGGCGGUUUCCUGACAGAACGACAAGUGUUGGGCAAAUGAUAUCUUCUUAUCUUUCCAACAAAUCCCAACUGGAUGAUCAUACAAUCCAUCUACUCUUUAGUGCUAACCGUUGGGAGAAGAGAUCAUUGAUGGAAAGCAAAUUGAAAAGUGGAAUCACCCUUGUUGUUGACCGUUAUUCUUAUUCGGGGGUGGCCUUUUCAUCUGCCAAAGGACUUGAUAUUGAAUGGUGUAAGGCUCCAGAGAUUGGGUUAUUGGCUCCAGAUCUUUUAGUGUACCUUGACAUACCACCUGAAAAAGCUGCUGAAAGAGGAGGCUAUGGAGGUGAGAGAUAUGAGCAGCUUGAGUUUCAAAAGAAGGUUGGCCAAAACUAUCAGGUCCUCCGUGGUCCCACUUGGAAGAUCAUAGAUGCUUGUUCGCCCAUGGAGGAGAUUGAGGAACAGUUGCAAAAUAUGGCAUUGGAUUGUGUAAAAACAUGCCAAGAAGGGAAACCGCUCUCAUGUCUCUGGUCCUGUUAAAUUUUUGUUCUCUUGAACGGGGGAGACGCAUGUAUCUUUCCAGGGUCCAAUGCCCUCACUCUUCCUAGUGAGCUAGCUAUGCAGAUUGCAGAGCUUACUGAGUAGUGAACGAACUUGCCCUGUUCUGUUUCGAGUAUUUCAUCUGUGAUUGUAACUUCAUAAAUCUUUGCAUUUCAAAAGUAGGUUUGCUUAUCUUAUUAAUGCAUCAUCACACUUUGUUUUUUACUGAAAUAGAUGAGAUUGCA